AUGUGGGUGCCGCCAAUCCAGUCGGACGCCGUUGCGAGGACCGAUGACGACGAGAGACAACGGGGAGAGGUGCCCAAGGAGGUCGUGGACAGAAUGGCGGCCGUCGGUGCGACGACGUCGAGUUUGGCCGAAGGAGAUCUGAGUCUGGUGGAAGUUCGGCACGGAGACCCUGCAUGGGACGAGUACGAAGCGUGGCUCACAAGGUACGACGGAGGAACGAUGCUAGUUUGCGCCUCCUUCCGUCCAAGCCCCGAGUACCACCUGUGUCCGUCGCCAGAGGUUGGCGUCCAUAUUACGUGGGAAGCCAACUCCGUUGUGUAUCAUUGUGCGUCGCUGACACUGGACGACAUGGCCGAUGGACCUAUGGCGAUCCCUGGCCCGAUUGCCGAAAGGCUAGUGCUGGAGAAGAUGCGGGACCCGCGAGUCGCUCUUGGGCCGUUGAUAGACUGCCUCCGAAACCCCCCCGACGGCUACGAACUACUCCGUGGACUGUCCCCCGGGUCGUACAUUUGCGAUCUGCAGCACAUUUGGACCGGCACGGUGGUCAUCGCGGCAGUGUUCAAGUAGGCCAGCACGCCAUGAAUAUUUUACAGAGGGCUGUGAUUGGCUAGAAUAAAAUCGUGAACAAUAUUUCUC